UAAAAUGCCAUCCAAACUCUCAGUUUUUUAGUCAUAAUCAAUCACUAGCUACAAGUGUGUGACAAACAAAAUGUGCUCAAAAUUUAACAUUGUGUUAGUUACUAUCUCCCUCCGAUGCCUCUUGGUAUUGGCCUCAGACCCUGACCCACUUCAAGAUUUUUGCAUACCAAACCCUAAACUUGGUGCAAUAAGAACAACAAGCCUCACUAUCCUCCCAUGCAAAAAUUCCUCGGAUGCAACCACCGAGGAUUUCGUCUUUUCGGGCAUGAAGACGGCCGGUAAUUUCUCGGAGACGGGCCUUGCAGCCGUUCCGGCGAACCCAACAAAUUUUCCUGGGCUUAACACACUAGGGAUGUCGUUCGUCCGAGCGGACCUCAAGGUUGGUGCCAUUAAUCCUCCACAUUUUCAUCCUAGGGCAACAGAGAUUACUUAUAUUAUGCAAGGAAGUGUUUAUUCAGGAUUUGUUGAUUCAAGCAAUAGGGUUUUUGCUAAAGCUCUUGAACAAGGAGAGGCCAUGGUUUUUCCUAGAGGAUUGGUGCAUUUUCAGAUGAAUGUUGGUGAUAAGAUUGCCAUAGUUUUUGGAUGUUUCAAUAGUCAAAAUCCAGGAAAUCAAAAAAUUCCAAGUGCAAUCUUUGGAUCUGGAAUUGAUGAUAAGCUUUUGGAGAAGGCAUUUGGAUUGAGCUCUAAGCAAAUUGGAACAAUGAGAAGAAGGUUUGUUCGCAAAACUGUUAGGUGAAAUGAAGUUCACAAGAUUCUGGUUAAAAUUUGAUUAUGGAAUUUUUCUUUGUUUUCUGUUGUUUGUCCUAUAAAUUAUUAAACAAUGUUACUGCGUUUUUCUAGCGACGGAACGACAAAAUGAAGAGAAUGAUCGUCCACCCUCCCUUCUUAGUC